AUGAACUGGGCGGAAAGACGCCAAGACCAAAAAGGAAAUCCUUUUGGAGUGAAAGGACCUAAUGCAGGAUGGCCAUACGGCAACCAGCAAGGACAGCAACCGUUUGGAAGACAAGGACCUGACAUGGGAGGACCGUUCGGAAUGCCAGGACCUAACAUGGGAGGACCGUUCGGAAUGCCAGGACCUCACAUGGGAGGACCGUUCGGAAUGCCAGGACCUAACAUGGGAGGACCAUUUGGCGGAAAGGUUUCGCAGCAAUAA